AUGAAACAUUUCACCUGCAUAUUGGUGAUAUUGGGCGCUUUUGCAGCCUGUGGCCAAGGCCAUUCAAUUCAGAAACGUGGUCUAAGUCAACUAUUAGGCGGUUUGGGUGGAUUAGGAGGAGGUGGCGGCGGUGGUGGCCAUGGUGAUGGCCACGGUGAGGGUUAUGGAGGGGGUGGUGGCCUUGGUGGUCUUGGUGGCGGACUCGGAGGUAUACAAAGUUUGUUCACCUCGAAACUUUCUUCGCUCGGUGGAUUGUUCGGUGGCCUAGGUGGUGGUGGAGGCGGUGGAUCGGCUGCCGCACAUGCUAGUGGCGGAGGCGGUUAUUCAGGCGGUGGUGGUGGAGGCGGACACUCUGGCGGUGGUGGCGGCUAUGGAGGUGGCGACUAUGGUGGUGGCGGUCAUUACGGCGGCGGUGGUGGUUAUUCUGGCGGCAGUGGUGGUGGUUACGGUGGAGCUGGCUCUGCUGCCAAAGUUUAUAUAGUCCAUGUACAAAGUUCUGGCGGCGGUGGUGGCUAUGGAGGUGGUGGCCAUGGAGGUGGUGGCUAUGGAGGUGGUGGCUAUGGAGGUGGUGGCUAUGGAGGUGGUGCCAGCGGCAGUGCUGGUGGAUGGAGCCAAGGCGGUGGCGGCGGCGGUUGGGGCCGAUAG